AUGAGUCUGGACCACCGCGCAGUGCAGAGCGCCACUGCUAUUGAGCGUGAUUACACGAAGCUUUUAGAUGUUUCCCUUUCUCUGGAAAAGGAAAUAGAAAAGUACUACCUGCACGAGGAGGCUGCGAUUCGCGAACGUGUCUUGCUGCUCGAUCAAAUUCAGAGCACCAUUGCGGACGAGCGGCGAUGCCUUGAGAUUGAUCACCAGCAGUGCCGCCUACAGAUCAGUGCUGCUCGAAAGAAUCAUCUGACGUUGCAGUGUGACCAGACAAAAUUCUCACAGGCGGUUAGCCGUGCAAGUUCUGUGCUGGACAAGGAGGAAAAGAACUUGGAAGAGCGGCUUGCGUGGGUAAAUGAGCGCUUACGUGAGGAGGCGCAGGAGCUGGAGCUUCUCGCGGAGGGACACGAUCGGUUUGAGAGAGAUGAGCGGGCGAUGGAGCGACGCGAGCUUCAACAGUUUAACGCGGAGCAGAGCCUAGAGAAGGCGAUGCGGGAGCUCAAAGCGCUCGAGAACGAACUUGAAGAGCGGAAACGGGUGUUAGAAAAAAAACAUGAGACUAUCUCCGAGUGGAAUCAAUCACUUGAGAGCCGCGAGAGGGAGCUCUCGCGUUGCCAGGAGGAUUUUAGAGAAGAUUUGAGACAACUUGAGGAGGAUGAAAAGUUUUUUGGCGUAUAUAGCGGCAACAGUAAUGUGGUGCCCAUGGUGUCCCAGCGGGAAGUUAUGGAUGACCAUGACAUGACAAUUGAGAAGGAGGCUCAAUGCGAGGAAAUUGACGUGGAUGAGGACGAGUAUCACUCUGAGUGA